AUCUGGGCGGAGGGAGCUAGAAAGUUCGCAUUAUUGAAUUGUGAUGUUCGGAUUUAUGCAUCAUUCGUUGUAAAAACCCGACCAGUUGUUCGAACAACUUGCACAAGUAUGAUAUCGCGGAUACUCCAUAGAGGUGAUUUUUUCAACCUGGGGACGAACUUGAUGCUGUGUUUUCUCUGUGGGAUGACAUCGGGAGAUCCUACAACAGGAAGUGCAUUUGGCUUGAUGACAAAAUAUCCUUUGAUUGAUGGACAUAAUGACCUAGCUUUGAUGCUGAGGAUUCUCCACGACAACAGACUGAGUCAGGUUGACCUGCACAACAUCAGCAAAGUGGCCACGGACAUCAACAGACUCACAACGGGACAUGUCGGCGCUCAGGUGUUUGCAGCCUACGUGUUGUGUGGCGCCCAGGCGAAGGAUGCUGUGAGGCUCACACUGGAACAGAUAGACGUGAUCAACCGUAUGUGUACAGAGAACCCGGAACUGGAGCUAGUUACAUCUGCCAAAGGACUAAAUGACACUAAGAGGAUAGCGUGUCUGAUCAGCAUUGAGGGAGGUCAUUCUAUAGACAGCAGCCUGCCAACCCUGCGUAUGUUUUACCAGCUGGGGGUUCGCUCCAUGGCCCUCACACACACCUGCAACACGCCUUGGGCUGAGUCCUCCUCAACAAUUUAUGAUGUCUAUCAAAGAGAAAAUGACAGCCUAACAGACUUCGGUAAGGAUGUGGUGAAGGAGAUGAACAGAUUGGGGAUGAUAGUAGACCUGUCCCAUAGUUCCUGGGCCACAGCCAGGGCAGUACUGCAGAUCUCUAAGGCUCCAGUUAUUUUCAGCCACUCCUCAGCCCAUGCCGUGUGUAACCACAGUCGCAAUGUUCCUGAUGACCUGCUCCGCGAACUGAAGGAGAAUGGAGGACUCAUCAUGGUUAAUCUGCACAGUGGGUUUGUGGCUUGCCAUGGCCAAGCCAAUGUCUCCAUCGUGGCUGACCAUUUUACCCACAUUAGGAAGGUGGUUGGAUCUGAGUCAAUAGGAAUAGGAGGGGACUUUGAUGGAGCUUCUAAGUUUCCUCUUGGAUUAGAGGAUGUGUCCAAGUAUCCCGCUCUGAUCCAGGAGCUGCUGAAGAGACACUGGACAGAGAACGAGUUGUCCGGGGUCCUCAGACACAACUUCUUACGUGUGUUCAAGGAGGUCGAGAAAGAGCGUGACAGGCAGAAAGCGAAAGGAACUCUCCCCAGUGAAGCUCAGAUCGACUUGGCUGAGGUUCAGAACCCCUGCAGACUGGUACUCAGGCGACCUGACCACCAGACGACAAAGAUGGAACAGAUGUACUCCAAGGGCCACAGUGAACUGGUGGUCCCCAGGAGUCUGGUCUGGACCAUGGUUAUUCUAAUCUCCUGCCUCUGUGUCCUGAUGGACCAUUAAGACUAUAAUAUGGCCUCGAUUCAAUCAGAUCCAGUGGUAACCCAUGUUGACCGAUAUCCCCAUAGCGGAUGUUUUGGCAGUAUUGGAGGUGUAGCUGCAGUGUGAGCUGACAAAUAAGUGUGUGGCUGCUCUUUUGUGUCACCAACCACUCCCUUCCUUAUUAUCCCUACGCAUUAGAUGUUCAAAAGGACAAAAGAAAGUGCAGGCUCUAUCGACAAUAGAUAUUAUGAAAUGCAUGUUUUCAUUUGGAUGGGGGGGAUUUAUCAGUCUAUGUAGACAAUAGACCAUUACGCGUUAGAGUGUUUGAACUUGUAAUGUGGCUACAUGAAUUUCUAACUCGGCUGCAUGGGAUUUGUGGAUAUAAAGUCGGUGUGGUUUCAUUGCAUCCAAUGACAGUGUCCCCGAUAAUGUAACAUAAGGAGCAGUUCUAACACAGUUCCACCUUUGACACUGCCAAAACAACCGGAUUUCGGCUAGCACGGAUCUGAUAGGAAUUUAGCCCUUAGUGUUACUAAACUAGCAGUGCUUGACACCUCAAAUUCUCUACUGCUUGAGCUCGUUUUACUCUUAUAGAAUAUUAGCUCAAAAGUAUAGUGGAGCUCCUGCACCUAAAUAUAAACAGUACUUGCACCCAAAAUGAGUACCGGAACCUAUUUAGUAGUACUACUAGUGUUGUAUUACAAUACACUAUCCACUACAAAAAUGUUUCUCCGACAGUGACAAGCCUAGCUUUAACGUGUUUACUGUGUCACUUGCUUACAUGUGAUCUUCCCUACAAAGAACUUUACCAAAUUUUUUAGUUUUGGUCAUUUUGAUCUUGAAGGAGUUGUAUAUUUACACAAUGCUCUGCACGCACUUUAUACUAUAUUACAUUGAGUUUCAUGUAACAAUCACUUUUAACUCUUUUUACAUAUCUCAUUCUAAAAAUAUCUCUGUGUUAUGUUUGUUUAAUGAUACAAUCAAGGCCACAAGGUCAUACUGAGGCAUUUACAAACUAUCUGUAUUUCUCUGAGGACACAGACCUUGAUGUCCAUCACACAAACCUGGGUUUCACAAUGAAACUGUUUCAUAGAAAGACCAUUUCAUCUUAAAAUUAACAUUCAUGUAACAUUUUCUCACAAGUGUGUACAGUGAAACAGUAUGUAACAUGUUAAUAUACUGUAAUGCCUCCUACAAUCAUCUCAGGAAUGUUGUAUUCUGUAUUCAUAGGUUAUAUCGUAUUUAUUUUGCUUUUCUCUUAAGUAAAUAAUGCUUUGAGUUUUCUGUUUUUCUACCAUCUUAUUUUAUGAACACAUUGAUAUAUCUGAAGUCAAGAUAGUUCAAUUCUGGUUGAAUAGGGAAAUUAAUCAUGAUUUUAUUGCUAAGUUCAGAUAAAUACUCUUCGCCUUUACAGCUCUUGCAGUCUACAGGAAAGAAAAGGAAAUGUGUGCAUCUGCUACUCUGUUCAGGUGGCCCUGUAAGUAGUCUUCAUGCCUAUAAUAAUGACUUUUGUACAGAAAUAGCAGAUUAAAUGUAAUGUAUAAUUGUCAAUGAAUUAAAACCUCUUCUCUUUCAACAA